CUUCAGCUGGGUUUUUGGAUAAAAAGUUCACGUGAGUGUUGGCCACCAGAGGGCGAGCAGUAGUUUUUUGUGUGAAAAAUAUGGCGAGUCUCGGUGAAGAGAAUACGUCGGUGAAAAAAGAUAAUUUAGCGGUAAAAGAACAGGCGGCGGCGGCAAAGGAGCGUGAAGAUCGCGUUCGGAUGGUGCGUGAGCGUCAGAAUGAGGAGCGGCAGCGCAAGUUGGAUGAGCUCAAGGCUCAGGCGCUGGCGGCGCAGCGAUUCCGAGAGCAGAAGGAGGAGGAGCGUCGUCGACGGCUGGAGGAGUCGCGCUCCAAGGACACGGAUCGGAGGCACCAGGUGGAGGAGCGGAAGAAGGCCAUCCAGGAGGCGGAGCGCGAGAGGCGAGAGUAUUUGCUGAGGAAGAAUAUGGAGCGCGAGGCGCGCUUUGAGUCCAAGCGUCGCAACGAGCGAAGCUCCAUUGUCUUUGCCUUUGGAUCAUCGACGCCGAGACUGCUGGAUCCGGGAGAAAUGGGCACAGUGUCGCCGAGUCAAUUCUGGAAUCACAGGCGGGCCACUUCUAUUAGCAAUAUUGCAUAUUCUGGUGCUCCUUUGACUCGUCGCAGUUCAGAACGCGAGCUAAAUGAGGCACCGAAGAAACGAGCCACUUCAGCCACGGCACUCGAUCGACAGCGUGAAGAUUAUCACCGAACGUCCAACUCAAUGUAUGAAGUGUUUAAUUGGGGUUAUGCAAAUGACGAGCGGCGUCCGUGCAAAAAGCUUCAGUUAUCAAUAGCUGGACCCUCAAUAAAUAUCGAUGAUCCGGGAAGCAAUUAUUCUAAUCACGACGGAGCCGGAAUCGUGACUGCAAACGAUUCAGCGACAGUUUCAUAUCGCAGUGUGGCUAGACGGAAAACAGAUUUAAUGCCAACUAUUCCUAGUCCUCGUGAUGGCACCAAUUAUGGCUCUAGAUCUUCAUUAGGUAGUCACACUCCUCGGAGUCCAGGUCGAGCUGUUUCUAUGACACGCUUGGAUCAAUUGGCACGUCCUAUUCGCCGCAAUGGUGAGCAUAUAAGUGCUAUUAUGGAGCGAGAGCGUCAACAGGAGAUUUCUCUGCUGUCAACUGGAUCGUCGCCGAGUCGCGAGAGGCCGCGAUCGGCGUCUGAGCGGAAGAUAAUGUCCAAGAGUAUGAUUCAUCUGGCAUCGCCGCGGUGCCGCAAGAGUUUUCCACCAACAAACACUGGACAACAUGUGAGCGAUGGUCAGGCGACAUUUGUGAGGAAGGCGACGCUCAAGUUGUCGAGAAGUAUGUGCAAUUUGGAUAAAUCCGGUGGCGGCGGCGGCAGCUCGAGGAAGAGCGAUGCUGUCGUCACCAGAAAGGCGGACAAUGCUAAAGAUUCUGUUGACAAAGCAGGAAUGAGAUCAGGCGAAGUGACGCCAGGCGGAACUCUGUCUUCGAGACCAAAUAGUGCGAUGUCCAAUUCAACUGUUGUGUCAUCAACUGUGUCGAGGAGAUCUGCAUUCACACCCCGCAAACCCAGGCCGGCUAGUAUUGCUGUCACAGGUGUUUCCCUACAGAAUGGUACCAAUGCCGAUGGGCAGAAGGGCGCGGUGAAGCAGGAGAAGCCGCCACUACCAAAAGUUACGGCGCAGGUGAAGAAGUCCUUCUCUGCUGCCUCGUCGUCGCUCAUGACGCGUUCGUUGGAUUUGUCUGGGAAGAAAUCUCUGGAGAGAACGCCGCCACUCAAGAGUCGCGGCGCCUCGAAGAACGCCACGCCACUGAUGUCGCCGGGCGCGGAGAAGGAGGUGAAAAUGCCGCCUCAGCCGAAGGCCAGUCCCAAGGAAGUCAGUGAGAAGCCAGCAGCACAAAGUCAGCCGCCGCAGGCGGAGGAGAAGAAAGAGGAAGAAGUGAAGCAGGAGGUGAAGCAUGAGGUGAAGCAUGAGGUGAAGCAAGAGGUGAAGCAGGAGCUGACGCAGGAAGUGACCCAAGAAGAGGUCAAGGAGGAAAAGGAGGAAGUGGUGAAGGUGGAGGAAGUGCAGCAGCCUGUGGCGGAAGUGCUGGUCGAUGUGGUGGAUGUUCAGGUGACGGAGAAUGGCGAGGAGCGCAAUGAGGACGAUACCAGUGAUGUGAUGACGUCGUCGAUGAUGUCCAAGAGUCGUAUAACGACCGAGGAGGAGGCAAAGGCAGCUUUGGCGGAGAGACGUCGCUUGGCGCGCGAAGAGGCUGAGCGUCAGGCCGAGGCAGAGCGCCUUCGUCUGGAGGCUGAGGAGGAGGCGGAGAGGAAGCGCAUUGCCGAGGAGGAGGAGAGACAGCGUCAACUGGAGCAGGAGACGCUACGGAUGGCAGAGGAGCAGCGGAAGGCUGAGGAGGAGCGUCUGGCGAAGGCGAUCGAGGAGGCGCAGAAGCGCGAGGAGGAGGAGAAGCAGCAGAGGGAGGAGGAGGCACGCCAGAAGGCCGAGCGCGAGGAGCAGGAGAAGAAGGCUCGCGAGGAGGCGGAAAAGCUGCGCGUCCAGACGGCGGAGAGGCACAAGAGGGAGGAGAUGGAACGCGAGGAGCGUCGAAAGAGAGUGGAGGCCAUCAUGUCCAGGACGAGACCGAGAGGAUCUGUUGGAGGAACACCCACGAAGGGCGGCGCUGACGAAAAGACAGACGAAAAGGGAAACACUCCAAGUGCUGGCCAGGAACAGACUGAAUCCGCGGAUAAUCACUCAAAGAACAUUCCAAGCGUCAACAAUCAGAAGGACUCGACGGCCGAGAAGGUGCAGAAGCAGCAGGAGUAUGAGAAGUCGGUGACAGAGAAGGAGAAUGCUCUGCUCGGCAGCUUCGCUCACAUUGUCGAUGGCGUGAACAACAAGUCGUCCAAUCAUCAUCAGCAGGAGAAUGUUCACAUCCCGGACGUGAUUAACAACAAAGUGCUAAAUAACACCAGCGAGAAUGGCUUCAAGAACAGCGGAGUCGACAAUAUAUUAAGCUCUGUGGAUUGCACGAAUAAUGUGGUUGAUUCCAAAGUGCUCGCCAUGAAUCAGGACAAUGCUAAGCUUCCGGAUCAGCAGCUGAUUGACUUCGAUAGUUUGCCGCAGCAGCAGCAGAUUGAGGAUGUCUUCAACUACAACAACAAUAACGAUAAUAGAGCGAAUACGACUUCAGCAAUCCCGUCACUAGUCACUGCAGAUAGUCAGGAAAAUAGAGAUAUUUCUCUAUUCUAAGGAUAUGUAAAAGAAUAAUAAUGUGUUAAUUUUAAAAAAGAAAAGAAAAAACUGAGCAAAGAUGAGAAAAUGAAGCACGAAAGUGGACAACUUCAGAAGGCGUGUAAUUGACUUGUAUAAAAAGAAUUAUUUUAAAGAAAUUGUAUGGGAAAAAAAUGCAUAAAUGAGAGAUUAACUUCUUUUCACCUUUUGACGCAAAGAUGCGAAAAAAGGGGGAGAAGAAGUGUAACUGAAUACUUUAAAGAGAAAGAAAGAAAGA